GGAAAGCUGACCGGCCCACGGGCUUCGACCCACUGUAAAUUUGGAACUUGGGAGCACUGAAGCUCCGUCAAUCACCCGAACAAGUCCAUCCACUUCAUCCGGUUCCGUCGAGUCAACACUGAAGGUACCGACAACACCACGCUCCGUAGCUGCCCGCACCUUCCCGUCCACAGCCAGCCACCACCACCACCACCAGGAACCACACUCGCCAAAGCCGCGAUCUAGCCAAGAUGGGUGGUCUCAAUCUCGAAGUCUUCAAGUUCGGCAUGUACCUCAUGUUCCCCAUCGGAAUCAUGUUCUACUUCGGCACCAACCUCGACCAGCGCUUUUCCGUCCCCGACUUCUGGCCCAAGCCCGAGAACGCCAACAAGGUCCCGUACGACCGCGACGAGAUUCACGAGGAGCUCGAGAGGCUGCGCGCCAGGAGACUUUAUUUGCGCGAGAAGAGGCUGGCGAGUGAGGCUCAGCAGCAGCAGCAGCAGCAGAACAACGAUCAGGAGUAGUGCGACGACGUCGACUACCUGUCGAGGGGCCUGCCUAUGAGAAUUCUGGGCACAAUUGAAGUUUACGGCAACUGACGAGACGAGUCAUUCACCCUCAAUUGAAGAGGGGGGGCUGUUGUGUUGUGGUUCUGGCUAUGAGCAACUUCGGCUGAGGGGAUUGUAAGAUUACUGGAGUAGUAAAAGGAAGAGAUGGAAGUCGACCUGGCCAGCUGGGCCGUCGCGGUUGGACAGCCAUGGUGGUUAGUGGUGGACGAGUAUCGACAUGGGUUAUAAGGCGUUUAUGGGAAAACAUGUCAUUAUUAGGUAUCAUGGUCACGAGGGAGGGACCUCUCUGCGUUGCAUCGGGCCCGGACAUCAUCUUUGGAAAAGGGUAUUUAUCAAUGUUUAC